UAUCCAAUGUCAAGAUAUAUAACAAGUAUUCCUAUUCAUGCAAUAGAUACUCUUCUAACAAAGAUAUUUUGACAAUAACUGAUGGGUCAUCCACUUAUAGUACAGAGCUGAAAUCAGUUUGUAGUAGUGUUUCAUCUUCAACAGUUCGCUCUACUGGUAGAUAUAUGACAGUAAAGUUCAAGACCGAUUCUGAUGACUACGUUUUAACCAAUAAUGCAGGAUUCAACUWAAAGUACUAUGAGUAUGAGMCUGAURCAAGUGAGUUAUUUCRUACAGAUAUUUUGCAAUAUUAGAAURCAAAGCAGCCCAUGGACAACAAUUAAUAUUGCUGUGAAUUUUCUUGUGUGAUAUGAAAUGACAUGUAUCUUAACUUGUACUAAAUGUAGUUUUCUUAUUCUUCCAGAUGUUGGUAUGAUUGUUGGCAUAGUGUUUGGUGUGAGUUUUGGUCUUGYUAUUCUAAUAUGCUGUGUUUGGAUGUGUAAACGUAAAGGUAAUGCAGGCAAUGUACAUAGAGUUCCUGCUGCUACAACAACACAGUCAACAACUAUGACAACAAGUCGUGCACCACCUCCUGGUGCACCUCAGUAUCCUAUGCAGACACAAGGUGGACCUACUCCAGCUGGAAGCUAUCCACCUCCAGGCCAAUCAAGCUACCCAUCUGAAAAAGGCAGCUACCCACCUCCUCAAGGCAGCUACCCACCACCUCAAGGCAGCUACCCACCACCUCAAGGCAGCUACCCACCACCUCAAGGCAGCUACCCACCACCUCAAGGUAGCUACCCACCUCCUCAAGGCAGUUACCCACUUAAUGAUCCUGUUCCAAGUGAACCACCUCCACAAUAUCCAGGAAUAAAUGCUGAUUCAUCACAGGCAACUCCUGCCURCAAUCCCCAGUUUCAAGGACCACCUCAAGCCAGUCCACCAUACCCAACAGGUGGUGAAUAUCCUAUGCAAUCUGGAACACAACAAAAGUAG